AUGGGUAUCAUCUCCAGGGCUAUCAGGGACAUGUUCGAGGAGGUGAAGAUGCGUGAGGAUGAAUAUCAUUACACCAUCACAUGCCCAUUUGUUGAGACAAUGUCCACAAAGUUCCAGCUGGUGGACCUCGCCGGAAGCGAGUCUGAUAAGGAACCCGGCGCGGAGGGCAAGCUUCUGAAAGAAGCUAUAGCCAUCAACCGGGGUCUGCACACCCUUGGAAAAGUCAUUAGAGCUGCCGCAGCAAAGCAGACGUCGAUUCCUUUGAGAGAAUCGAAACUCACCAGGCUACUACAAGACGUGAUUGGCGUCCAGCCCACUGUCUCAUGGUGGCGUGCGUGUCGCCUACUGACAGCUCCCUCCUCCCUGAUCGAGACGGCAAAAACGCUCGACUUCGCCGACAACGGCGAA